AUGGAUAUCCUGAAAACAAAUCCUUUUUACCUCGGCGGUGCGCUUGUAUGCGUUGCACUGGCUGCGUACAUCUAUGCAGGUCUCACAAACCCGUUGUCGAGUAUUCCUGGGCCCUGGUAUACUAGGUUCACAACACUGCCAUCAACAUUCAAGGUCAUCACCGCACACCACCCUGACUGGAUCCAUGAUCUACACGCCACGUACGGGCCAGUGGUACGAUACAGUCCAUACGAGGUCGAUAUCUCUGAUCCACCAACAUGCCAGCGGAUUCACAGUGUCAAGACUGGAUUCUUCAAGUCACCAUUCUACUCACUUCUCAUCACCGACUCCUCAAGCGUCUUCAACGAGAUCCGUCCAGAGAUCCACCGCAAGUACAAGCGCCUGCUUUCGAACCCCAUGUCAGAAACUGGCUUGAAGACCUUUCUCCCUCGUAUUGACAGCAAAGUCCGCCUGGCAAUUGAGCGCAUUCGUGAGGAGAACAAGGUCCGAGGCGCAGCAGACAUCGCCAAGUGGUUCAUGUUCCUCUCAUUUGAUGUCAUCGGUGACCUGGCCUUUGGCGAGUCCUUCGGCAACUUGGAAAGCGGCAAGAAAAAUCGAUCUGUCAACGACUUCGUCAGCCUUGGCUUCGUCGGCGGAUUACGAUCCAUGUUCCCAACAAUUGCCCAAAUCUCUCUCUAUCUCCCAAUUCCAGUCUUCAAAGAGGCUACAGCUAUCCAAUACCGCACCUUUGACUACGCCCAAGGCGCUCUAGACCGCCACGCAAAGCGCGUCGAAGAGACCGGCUCAGACCCCUACCCGACAGUCUUCUCCAAGCUCUACAAUGCUGGCGAGGAAGAGACCUGGAAUCCCAUUGAAAUCCGCGACAACGCGCAGGUUUUCAUCGUCGGCGGUAGCGAUACGACCGCCAACUCCAUGAUCUAUCUCGUCUGGGCGGUGUGCAAGAUCCCCGAGAUCAAGGCCAAGCUCAUGAAGGAGCUAGACGCGUUGACGGACAACUAUUCCUACGAACAGCUCAAGGAGUUGACGUACGUGAAUUGGAUUGUCAACGAGACGCUUCGGCUUUACACUGCUUUGCCAUGCGGACUCCCGAGACUGGUGCCGCCCGGCGGUGCGGAGCUUUCAGGGCAGUUUAUUCCCGAAGGAUUCACCGUUACGACGCAGGCGUAUAGUCUUCACCGGGACGAACAUGCGUUCCCCGACCCGUAUCGAUUCUAUCCCGAAAGGUGGGAAAAUACCACGCAGGAAAUGAAGGAUUGCACUAUGCCAUUUGGCGGCGGUGCCCGAACUUGCUUAGGAAGACAUUUGGCUCGGAUAGAGCUCCGUCUCAUUACUGCCAGGUUUUUCAAGGCUUUCCCGAAAGCGGUUGUGUCUGAUAUUGAAGGGAUGUGCGACAAGGAUAUGGAGCCAGCAUUGCAUUUCCUUAUGGUUCCCAGUGGUCAUCGAUGUUUGAUUAAGCUCAACGGGUAGUUGCAUAUCUUAUCAUUCGCAUAGAGAAGAAUAGUUCCAUGGUUCCCUUCAACGCGUCGAGCUGUACCACGAGCCUCGUUUUCGCGAAGCAGGGUGGAACCGAGUCGGGUCCGUG